CGUUUCCGGUUUUAUUUUGAAAAAAUGCACAAGUUACUUCCUUGUGAAGUGUUGGUUAAACACUAAGCUCCACGCCGGGGUUACUUCGUGACAAACUUGAUUAACACGCAGGUGGAAAUGUCUUUCUGUUCCUUCUACGGCCGAGAGGUUUUUGCAGACCAUUUCAAACCAGGGAUUUACGCAUGUACCAAGUGUGGUCACCAGCUCUUCUCCAGUCGCUCUAAGUUUGAGCACUCGUCUCCCUGGCCAGCCUUCACGGAGACCAUCCACCAAGACAGUGUGUCCAAACGCGAGGAGAGAUCUGGCGCCUUCAAGGUGUCGUGUGGAAAGUGCGGAAAUGGCCUCGGCCACGAGUUUGUCAACGACGGGCCUGCUAAAGGGACGUCUCGCUUCUGAAUAUUCAGCAGCUCACUGAAGUUCGUCCCAAAAGAUAAAGUGGACGGACAGUAAAGUGAGCGUUCAACAGGAAGUGCUGCUGGCCCUUUAAACAUGUCUGUAUGUUGCUAUGUAAGUGGUGGUCAGCGAAUGAAGCGCUCUGGGGGAAAAGCCCAACAUGGGAGCACCAGAGUUCCGAUGGACAGCGGUCUCACUGCAUGGCAACAACAGAGGAAAGAAAAUAAUUCAAUCAUUGACACUCAAGAUAACUACACUAAUCAUGUACAAUUGACAUUUAGUUCACAGUUUUUACAUUGGUUAUGCUAGUAAGUUAUUGCCUUCCACGGCAUAACAAAUCUUUCAGGAUUUUCAAUGCUGCUUGUAUUGCUAGUAAUUCGGGAUUUAAAAAAACAAACCUUUAUUGGACAUUUUUUGAUGAGAAUAAAAUAUAAGCAUAAUAUCUAAUGCAAAAAUGAUAUUACAUUUUAAAGUGAAGUAAAGGUUUUGAAGUUUUUUCUGACAAUACAAGGUGAAACAUGGAUGUCUUUCAGACACAUCUAUACAGCCUUAUCAUGAAAGCAGCCCAUAUUAAUGUUGCUUACCUUAUACUGUACAUCAGUGAUCCUCAAACUGCGGUACGGUACGCGGCCUCCGUCUAAUGGUACGCCAAACAAUCACUUGCUUAAAGUACAGUGUUUUAUUUAUUUUCCUAUAUAUAUAUAUUUAUAGGCUUUCUCACAUAGUCUGUGCAAUUUCAUCCUAUGCUAUUCUCAUAAUCCUAUAAUGUUUUGGGUUUACGUGGACAAAAUAAUGAGGGACUCUCGGACAAAGCCUUGAGGGACUCCUCGGCUUUGAUGGGAAAUCUAGGCUUCAUUCAGGCAUGUAUUAAUAUAUCUAAACAUACUUACUAAACUAUUAAACAUACCUGAAAUUCUUAGUUUUUAGUAUGCAAAAGAGGGAUUUUACAAUUGAUGCUAUACAGACCUCUCUCUGUCAAUCAGAAUACACUUGGGAAAAAUUAUUUAUGCACUUACAGGAAGUGGAUAAAACCAAAAUGAUAACAAGAUGAAUGGGGGGAGGGAGCUCGAGGGUGGCUCGAAGCUCAGGAGGUCAGGUCUAAAGUUUUUUCCCCCACAUUUGACCAAUUUCAGAACAUGGUGUAACAAAAGCUCUCUGCAAAGCUUGAAGCGUGACAUGUAGAAUAAAUGGUAAUAUACAAGGAGUAAAGAGUCUUCCUUGAUUUCUUAUUAAUUAUAUAAUUGAUAAGGUAAUUAAGUAAGACAUUUUAUUUAUAAAGUGCUUUUCACAGAUAAAAUCACAAAGCGCUGUACAAAACAUAGGUGAAGUAAAACAAUUCAAUUAGAACAACAUCAUAAAAAGGAUACAAAGUGGAUUAAAAAUGAUAGUUAAAACGUGCAUUGACUAAAAGCUUUACUAAAAAAGAGAAGUUUUCAAAUGUUGCUUAAAAGUUUCAACACAGUCAAGAUCACAGAGGGACUGGUGCAAGUGGUUCCAGAGUCUGGGAGCUACAGCCUGGAAUGCCAGGUCUCCACAGGUUUUAAAACCAGUUUUUGGGAUCUUUAGAAGACCUUGGCCUGAAGACCGGAGGCUGCGCCCUGAAGAGUAGGGGCAUAGCAAGUCAGUGAUGUACUGAGGGGAACGGAAUGUCAGGACUAAAAAUUGAAACUCAAUGCAGGAUUGAACUGAAAGCCAAUGAAGACCAGAUAAAUCGGGGGUGAUAUGGGCUGUUCUGGGUCAAAAGUCUGGCAGCUGCAUUUUGUACAGUCUGAAGUCUCUUUAGUGUUGACUUGUUGAAAAGAGAAUUGCAAUAGUCAAUACAAGACAAAAUGAACGUGUGAAUGAUCAGGUCCGUGUACUAUUGUCCACAACAUGUGAGUUCAUUGUGCAGUAACAUGCAGUUGCACUAAUGUAUCAGUAGGUGGUGCUCCCUGACCUGUUUGCCUAGUAUUUGUGCCUUGGUUGAAACUGCCAAAAACAGUUGAUAUUUUUACAUAAAAAAUCUAUACCUACUUUCUCAAUUAGGUCUGUUUUACACAAGCAGCCCGCAUUAACUAUAAGAAAAAUAAACCCCAUUACUGUAUAUUGUAUCCAUCUGGGAUUUCAAAAAGUGUUUUGAUCCCAUCAAAGUUUGCCAGGUCACCCGGUGGGCCUGCCUUCAGAACACCGGCCCAUGGUGGAAUUCCAAACAAAGUGAGGCAAUGUGGGCGCGCGUUCAAAAGCUCUGCGCAGGUGUGGAUCCACCUGUGUUGCAUCUGUGCACUUCCGUUUUAUAGCGGCAUGGUUGCAUUAUUACCUGAACAUUACUCAUAAUACGUUGGUUUUGUUAAAGAUUAUGUUUUACAGCAGGGGUGUCCAAACUUUUUCCACUGAGAGCCGCACACGGAAAAAUUAAAGCAUGCGGGGGCCAUUUUGAUAUUUUUCAUUUUCAAACCAUAACAAAAUAUAUGGAUUUUGUUUGUUUUUUACCUUAAGGGCUCCCGGGGACCAUAAAGGGUCUAAGUCAUUAAAAUGUUAAAAACAAGUCAAAUUAUUAUUUAUUUAAUGCUUACAGUAAAUCUCUACAGUAUAUCAACUUCAGGUUGAUAUAAAGUUAAAAAAACCAAAAAGGUUUUAUGCCUUUUCUGUCAAAAACAACUUAGUUUUUUAUAAUAAAACUGAAAUAUGCAGUAUUUCCCCCACUGCCCAAAACAUUCAGAAAGCAAUGUUUGAUGUGAAGUAAUUAGAGCCUUAAAAAGAUCAAUAAUGCAGGACACCAUUGAUUUUAAUUCAUUAUUAUUUUUGAGUAAUCACACUGAAAAGAUAAAUGCAAUCCCAUUAAAUAUAUUUGGGAUCCAAAAGGUGCCCCACUCAGAAAGUGAUACAUUUUUAUUAGUUUUUUUUAAAAAUUUUCAACACUUAAGUUACGAGCUCAACUUCAGAUAUAUCUGUCGAUUUUACGUUUGAACUAUUAUUUUGUUUGUUUUAUGCUCUUUUGUCAAAUAAAAUGUUGAUGUUUUUGUAUGGCAACCACACAAUAUAUGCAAUAUUUCCCACAUAAAACAUUUUAAAGUGAAAUAUUUGAAAUAAUUGGAGCCUUGAAUAGGUCAAUAAUUCAUUAUAACAUUGAUUUUUUUU